AUGAGUGCCAAGAACAGGAUAGAGUUGCUUAAGAAGCUGCAGCAUGCUCGUCAAAACAAGUCCUCAAAGAGCCUUUAUGAAGAAGAUGAAACCGACGACAAAGUGUAUGACCUGAUAGAUGAAGAAGAAUUUAGGAGCAUGAAGCGCCAGGAAUUGCUUCGAGACGAUUUUGUGGUAGAUGACGAUGGUCUCGGAUAUGUGGAUAGAGGUGUUGAUGAAUGGGAUGACCGCAACAGGGACCAAAACUACUCAUCAGAAGAGGACGACAAACCAAGAGAAAGGGCUGCAAAGGGUUCCAAGAAGAUCAAAAAUGAUGGUAAAGGGGUUAAAUCUAGCUCUGGUGCUUCGAUUGGAGAUAUUAUUGCGGCUCAACACACAAAAAAUGCAAAAGUUCUCAGCAAGGCGCCUAAAAAGUUUAGCCUUGAUGAGUUCGACGACAUUUUGCAGGAGUUCGAUGGGAAUGAAGCAUCGACCGCGGUAGGUGGGCUUUUUGGGGCUAAGAGUCAUCGCGUGGUCCCCAAAUUAGAGAAUAAUAUUAAGAGAGAGGCGAACGCUGCCGCAACACCACCGACCAUUAAAAGAAUGAAAAUUGAUGAACAAUCUUUCAGUACACCUCAGGGGGGAGCAAAUACGUCGCCACUAGCCGGUACAAAAACGAAAGCCAAUUUAUUAGAUGAUCGCGACCUACAGGCGAUGAUAGACGAUGUUCAGAGCUCGCCAACGAUAACAAAGGAAAGAUCUGCAGAUAUUGUCAAGAGUGGAGGUCAAAGCUCUGAAGAAGACAGCGAUGAAGAGAUUACUUUUCGCAGGAGAACAAUCAGAAGUGCGGCGGCCUCACAAAGGUCCAAUGUUGAUAUUCGGUCCUCGGUACAAUCAUCCCCAUUUGUCACAGCGCCACCAACACCUUCGGGCAGCUCCAAACUUAAAGAGGAAAAUCCUAAGUCCUUGAGUUUCAUAGGCAAACGGUACAGUCGCUCUGAUGUGAUUAGUGAUAACGCUAGCUCUUUUAAGUUUUACUGGCUUGACUUUGCGGAAGUUGACAGCACUUUACUACUCUUUGGAAAAAUCAGUACUCGAGAGAACAAGCUUAUUUCAGCAAUGAUCCAGAUUCUGAAUCUCUCGAGAGAGUUGUUUUUCUUACCAAGAGAAGGAAAAACGGCAUCUGAUGUUCAUGGCGAAAUCAUCCCGCUCCUAAUGGAAAAGUAUGGAUUAGAAAACAUCCGAGCUAAACCUGAAAUUAAAAAAUAUGCAUUCGAGCUACCUGGUAUUCCUCAUGAGUCCGAAUAUCUGAAAGUGCUACUGCCGUACAGGACUCCCAAGAACAGAAAUGUUACCAUCCCCUCUGAUUUAGAAGGUGACACCUUUCAUCAUGUAUUUGGUGGUAACACAAACAUAUUUGAGAGUUUCGUGGUCCAGAAAAAAGUUAUGGGGCCGUGUUGGCUAGAAAUAAACAAUGGUGACUUUUCAGCACUAUCUAACGCCUCUCACUGUGAUAUUGAAGUACAGGUAUCGCAACCUUCCAGUAUUGAACCUACUUCAGAUAAACAUGUUCCCAACUUGAAUUGUGCUUCGCUAGCCGUUCAAACCAUAAUGAGCUCAAAAGAGAACAAGCAAGAAAUCGUGAGUAUAACACUUUCCCAAUACAAAAACCUCGCACAGGAUCUACCAAUCCCAGAGGAUCUAGCUCCAAAUGACACUAUCACCUUGGUAAGGCCCCCAGUCGGAUCGAGUUUCCCUACCGGGCUAACGCACCUAGCCAAAAAGAACUUAACUGGUAAUCUCCGCUUGUUCAAUAAUGAAAAGGCCCUUCUCAGCUGUUUUUGCGCUAUGAUGAAGUCUUCAGAUCCAGACGUGAUUAUAGGGCAUCGCUUGGAAAAUGUCGCGCUUGACACAAUUCUUUACAGGUGUUUUGAACUGAAAAUACCCACCUUUAGCUGUUUAGGCCGCCGAGCGAGAAAAUCAUGGCCUGAUAAAUUUGGCAAGAAUCCUAGCAUGAACCAAUUUUAUAAUCGAGACAUUUUGUCAGGUCGUCUUCUCUGUGACAUAUCUAAUGAAAUGGGGCAAUCAUUAACACCUAAAUGUCAAAGUUGGGAUCUACCGGAGAUGUACCAGGUAACAUGUCAAAAAGAGCAGCGCGCGCUGGAGAUAAAUUACCAAAAUCCCCAGUAUCAAAACGAUGUCAACUCUAUGAUAAUGGCUCUACAAGAAAAUGUGUCGAAUGCUUUGAUUUCUGCUGAAAUCGCAUUUCGUAUUCAGAUAUUGUCGCUCACUAAGCAGCUAACGGUUUUGGCAGGUAACGCAUGGUGCCAAACGCUCGGUGGUACGCGAGCAGGUCGGAAUGAGUAUAUUCUGCUUCAUGAAUUUGAAAGAAACAACUACAUCGUACCAGACAAGGAAACAAAGAGCAUGAGGAACCAAAGACAGCAAAGGGCUAGAGAAGAAGCUGGUCUUGACGGUGGUGACGAAGUUCAAGUUAGUUCCAAGAAAGCUAAGUAUCAAGGUGGACUUGUUUUCGAACCUGAAAAAGGGCUGCAUAAAAAUUACGUCCUUGUCAUGGACUUCAACUCUCUGUAUCCUUCUAUCAUCCAGGAGUACAACAUCUGCUUCACAACUGUUGAACGAGACCCCUCAAAUAUUGACGAGCUGCCUAAUGUUCCUUCAUCAGAGAUGGCUCAAGGUGUCUUGCCACGGCUGCUAGCUAGUUUAGUGCAAAAACGUCGAGAGGUGAAGAAGCUGCUCAAAACUGAGCCAGAUCCUCAUAAAAGAACACAAUGUGAUAUUAGGCAACAGGCCUUAAAGCUAACAGCAAAUUCCAUGUAUGGCUGUUUGGGAUACGUGAACAGCAGGUUUUACGCAAAGCCCCUAGCUAUGCUCGUUACCAACAAGGGAAGAGAAAUUUUAAUGAACACCAGACAACUCGCAGAAAGUUUAGCACUCACAGUGGUUUAUGGUGACACAGACUCUGUCAUGAUUGAUACCGGUUCCGACAGUUACAUGGAAGCAAUCAAAAUUGGAGAAAACUUCAAAAAGCUGGUCAAUGAGCGCUAUCGCUUGCUGGAAAUUGAUACGGACAACGUCUUCAGGAAACUACUUCUACACGCGAAGAAGAAGUAUGCCGCUUUAACAGUAGUAUUUGAUAAGUCUGGGGCAGAGAAAACACUGCUUGAAGUUAAAGGCUUAGACAUGAGACGUCGUGAAUAUUGUCCACUUUCGAAGGAAGUUUCCACGCAUGUCCUUGAAACUAUCCUCUCAGAUAAAGAACCUGAGACAGCACUUCAAGAUGUUUAUGAGUAUUUGGAGGACAUUAGAGAGAAAGUGGAAAAUAACACUAUUAGGGUGGAUAAGUACAAGAUUAACACUCGGCUUUCGAAAGACCCUAAGGCUUACCCUGGCGGUAAAAAUAUGCCUGCAGUUCAGGCUGCUCUAAGAAUGAGAGAAGCAGGCCGUGUUGUUAAAGCUGGAAGCGUCAUCACCUUCGUCAUUACGAAACAAGAGGGUGUCGAGGACGAUAGCUCACUGUCUCCUGCCGAGAGAGCUAGGGUCUUGAAUGAGGUGAUGGUGAAGAAUAAUAACCUACGUCCUGAUCCGCAAUUUUACCUUGAGAAGCAAAUUUUCGCUCCGGUCGAAAGGCUGCUUGAAAGGAUCGAGAGUUUUGACAUUGUCAGACUUAGCGAGUCCUUAGGUCUUGAUAGCAGGCGGUUCAUAAACCGUGCAGGAGCGAACGGAGAGCUUAACGGUAGCAGCUCUGGCAGCCUUCAGCCGCUAGAAAGCUCUAUUUCUGACGAAGAAAGGUUCAAGGAUGUUGCCGCAUUAACGUUUCAAUGCUCUGGCUGUCAACAAAGAUUUCCUUUUGGAGGCAUUGUCGCAUCCAAACGCUACCAGAUGAGCUACAGUGGUCUCCAGUGUUCAUCCUGCCAGCACACAUUUGCGCCGCUGCAAAUGAGCGCACAGCUCGAGAGUGCCAUCCGUUCGCAUAUCUCUAUGUACUACGCCGGCUACCUAGCCUGUGAUGACCCAACUUGUGGAAACAAUACCAGGCAGGUAUCUGUUUUUGGCAAGCGGUGUCUUAAUGAAAACUGCAUGGGGGUCAUGCGCUACCGCUACACAGAUAAGCAACUUUACAACCAGCUUCUCUACUUUGAGUCACUGUUUGAUGUGGAUAAAAACAAAAAAGACGCUGUGAAGCCCCUUUACAAACCUGAUCAUCCAGACGCGCCAGAGGCAAAAAUUCCAACGUCUCAGUUGCUCGCGUUAGGAGAGCAAAACAGGGAACUCUUUCAGGUAAUGAGCUCUGUGGUUCAAAAAUAUUUGGCAAAUUGUGCACGUCGCUUUGUCGACAUGGAUGCCAUAUUUGCUGUGUAG